CACACUGAACUCAAUGUCGCUGUGUGUUGUGUGUGCAUUUCGUGAUAAACAAUUUUGAAAAACAAUUUACGCACACUUGCGGCGUCGAAAAGCAUUAAAAAUGUCCAAAUAAUCCAGCACAAAGUGCUCAAAUAUACGCACUAUCCGCCCGCUGAUAGUUAUACCGGUUAUCGGGUAACUCCACCCCAAACCAACGGCAGCAGCAACAACAACAACAGCCAUCACAUUAACAACAACAACAACAAUAUCUGCGGCAGCAGCAGCAACAACAACAGUUUAACAGCAAUCAGCGGCAGCAGAAUGGACACCGACGAUGUGGAAUCAAACACCAGCAGUGCCAUGUCCACAUUGGGCACUCUAUUCUCCUUCACAUCGCCGGCGGUUAAGAAGCUGCUGGGCUGGAAGCAGGGCGACGAGGAGGAAAAGUGGGCGGAGAAGGCCGUCGACAGUCUGGUGAAGAAGUUGAAGAAGCGCAAGGGCGCCAUCGAAGAGCUGGAACGAGCGCUCUCCUGUCCCGGUCAGCCCUCGAAGUGUGUCACCAUUCCGCGCUCGUUGGACGGACGAUUACAGGUCUCACAUCGCAAGGGUCUGCCACAUGUGAUCUACUGCCGCGUGUGGCGCUGGCCCGAUCUACAGUCACACCACGAACUAAAGCCCCUCGAGCUAUGCCAGUAUCCCUUUAGCGCCAAGCAGAAGGAGGUGUGCAUCAAUCCGUACCACUAUAAGCGCGUGGAGAGUCCAGUGCUCCCGCCAGUUCUCGUUCCUCGCCACUCGGAAUUCGCGCCCGGACACUCGAUGCUCCAGUUCAAUCACGUGGCCGAGCCCAGUAUGCCGCACAAUGUGAGCUACUCGAACAGUGGUUUCAACUCGCACAGCCUGAGCACCAGCAACACAUCGGUGGGCAGUCCGAGUUCGGUGAACUCCAAUCCCAAUUCACCGUAUGACAGUUUGGCGGGAACACCGCCACCCGCCUACAGCCCUUCGGAGGAUGGGAAUUCAAACAAUCCCAAUGACGGUGGCCAACUGCUGGAUGCCCCGAUGGGUGAUGUAGCCCAGGUCAGCUAUGCAGAGCCUGCCUUCUGGGCAUCGAUUGCCUACUACGAGCUGAACUGCCGGGUGGGCGAGGUGUUCCACUGCAACAACAACUCUGUAAUCGUUGACGGAUUCACGAAUCCGUCCAACAACUCGGACCGCUGCUGCCUGGGCCAGCUGAGCAAUGUGAACAGGAACAGCACCAUCGAGAAUACACGCCGUCAUAUAGGCAAGGGCGUCCAUCUGUACUAUGUGACCGGCGAGGUGUAUGCCGAGUGCCUGUCCGACUCCGCCAUUUUCGUGCAGUCGCGCAACUGCAACUACCACCACGGAUUCCAUCCGAGCACCGUAUGCAAAAUACCGCCAGGCUGCUCGCUGAAAAUCUUCAACAACCAGGAAUUUGCUCAGCUGCUAUCGCAGUCAGUCAACAAUGGAUUCGAGGCCGUCUAUGAGCUCACCAAGAUGUGCACGAUCCGGAUGUCGUUCGUGAAAGGCUGGGGGGCAGAGUACCAUCGCCAGGAUGUGACCUCGACGCCCUGCUGGAUCGAAAUCCAUCUGCACGGGCCACUUCAAUGGUUGGACAAGGUGCUCACGCAAAUGGGCUCGCCACAUAAUGCAAUUAGUUCGGUAUCCUAAGCUUAAGAUGAGGCAAUGUCCCUCAACGGAAACGAAAAGAAAAUCAAUACAAAACUAGUAGCUAAAUGAGUACGAGUGAGCGAAAGCUAAGUGUGAAAAAGACGUAGAGAACACAGGACACCGGAGAGAGCAUAGGUUUGUGCCCGAAGAUAGGCGCAAACAGAUCGAUGUCUAUGCAACUCAUCUGCAGAUUUAAAUUUAGACGUACGCAAGCUACUCCAACACCCGCCCUUUGCCUAUAUUUUAUAGUUUAUCGUAUGAUUUUCUACGCGAAUGUCAUUCCUAACGCUAAAACAGAGUAAUGAAAAACAACAGCGAGCUAAGAAACCAACUACAAAAUGGUAUAACUAUUUACAAUGAUCUACAUGCUAUAUUAAUAAUGAUCUAUGCCCAUUGGCAAACAGUUGUUGUUCAGUCUAUUUCAAGUGCUAAUUAUGUGUCAUUGCAAAACUGCUUUAAAUAUAAAACAAAACACAUUUAAUUAAUCCUACCAACUUUACAUACAUAAGCAAAAAGAAAUUUACAUAAGGAUAUGAAUCAAAACUUAUUGCAAUACAUUUCUUAAAAUGAUUUUAUAGAAACACAAGUUUAUGUUUUAUUUUUCUCAUUUGCGGUUUGCUUUUGAUUUAAAUCUAUGGUUUAACUAAUUUUAAGUUAUACAAAUACAACAAACCGACAACUACAAACAAAAAUAAUAAAUAUAUACCAGCGAAAUUUCAAAGUGGAAAAUUUAUCAUUGAAUCAAUUAAUUUUUCCAAACAAUGAUCUUUUGUCAUCUUAAGUAAAUAUUUACGUUUAGUUGAGGAUGAAAAAAGCAAAUAACUUUUUUUAUAUAAAUAUACUUGUAUAAUUUUUUAUAAACAUAAUAGUACACUAGAAAUUUCGUAGUUCUAUGAUUUCCUUUGAUUUUGUUUCGAAAUAAAAAAUGUGUGCCGAAAUUCAGUAGAUGGUAAUUAAAAAAAAACAAUAAGAAAUACUUCAUUCUGAAAUAAAAAACGUUUUUGACUUA